CAGUGAUUGGUUGAACUAUCUGUAACUGGGAAAAGUAAAAUUGUCCAUCACUGACUGUUCUCCGGUGGUUAGUGGAUAAUUAGCUGAGCAGGAGCAGGUCUGUGAGUGAAGGCAGCGGCACCGUGCGGAUGUUGAAGCUCGGAUAGUUUACCGGGAGACUCGGGAGUCCUUUUUGUCUCGUCUCGGAGCGCACAAACAUGUAAGCAACGUUUGCUGACGAGUCUGGAUACGAGAGCAUCAUGGUUCUCCUAAUUUUAGGAUCUUCAGUUGUGAUGACUGUGACUUUCCCUGAAGGACAUGAACGCGUUUCUUGACCGCUUUCACAACUUCGUCUUGCCGUUAGUGAGAGGAGAGGACCGCGUCUGCUCCUGCACCUGCGGAAGGUAUCAGAUCCAUCGUAUCGUUCCAUAUCAUGAGGCUCAGUCCGUGGUGGAUUCCAACAUCAACUACUUUGUCAGUGACAUCAUGACCAAGCAAGAAUUGGAUGUGAUAGCUGGGCUGCUCCUCGGUCUCUGCAUCAGCUGGUUCUUGCUUUGGCUGGAUAGUGUUUUGCACUCGGGGCUCAGAUACUGGAGGGCAAAGCGACUGAACAAUGUGGGUUUCUUGUCACGGCUGCCCAAAUUCAGUAACUCAAAGGACUUGCUCAACCAGCUACGUCCCAAACACACUCAACUCGAGGACUCAAGGGGGAACAUGGUGCACGUCAGGCGAGAUGCGCAACAUAAUAUUAAUGGAAGCAUUUGACACUGAAAAGAUAAAAAAUGUGAAUUAAAUCCAACAAUUACUGUG